AUGGUGAAAGUUGAUGCAGUGAAGCUGAAAUCUCCAAAUCCCAGGCAAAAAAAGAAGCCGAGGAAGAAAAAGGUUGCUCAUGAAAACCCUCCAAAACCUUCACAUGUUAUCGGAUCGCAUUCAUUGGAGAAAGGGCAACAAGAGUCAUUUGAUCCAGUGUGCAAGCAAAACAAGGUGAAUUUUCGAGCGGGGCAGACUGCAGACAUUGUUAGCAGCUUUCAGAAUAUCGGUAAGGUGGAAGUGAUUCCACCAAAGAAGAGGGACCAUUCAAAUCGAUGUGCUCACGGGAUUGACUCCACAGAAGGAUCAAAUGGUAGACCUUCAUCUUUACGCGAUCAUGAAGCUGGUCAGUUCCAGGAAAUCCUUGAGAAAAUUGCUGAUGUUCUUGAUGUUCGAGAGGCUCGGAAGUUUGUCAAUGGAGAAGUGGUCGCUGGGAGAAUCGAUCAAUCUGAAUUCAAUUUGAUAAUGCAGAAAUGGCGAAAGCUAAAACUUAAGAAGGUGCGAGCAAUGCAGAGUGAUAAGGUAAUGGAAUUGGAAGGAACGCUCAGCGACAUUAAGUGGGUUCGAUCUUUGAAGUCACAAAAAUGGGCCAAUGACUUCAUUUGUCUGUAUCGACUUCUACAGUUUUUAAUUUUCGAAAGCGCUGGAGGAAAAGGUUUAACAGUCCGUGAAAACUAUGAUAAGUAUGAGUGUAAGUAUGUCGUAUUCAGUCUUACUGUUGUUCUCAAUUUAUGUUACUGGCCAGGAUAG